AUGUCAAUGUCACAUCGAACAGUGGAUGUUUUUUACGCUUCUCUCCUACUUUUCAUUUCUCUGAAGAAGGUCGAAAGCUUUCAACUUGAUGGCAACAGAGGUUUGAGGCGAGAGAUUCAGACACAUGGUGCUGAAAGUCGAGUGUCAUACGGAAACUUUGCGGUUGACAAAUUCCAUCGUCUUCAAGUAUCAGUUGGUUCAUCCAGAUUUGUGAGCGACUUCAAAGAGUGCGCUCUGAGCUGUGUCAACAAUCCGCCAUGUUCAUCAUUCAACGUCGCCUCUUCUGCUCGAUCAGACGGAAAAUUGCGUUGUGAGUUGUUAAACAAAGAUAAAUACUCGGCAAGUCCAGGCCAGCUGGUUAGUUCACAGGAAUAUCAUCAUUACGAAAUCAAGACACCAUGCUCAAGCUUUCCUUGUCAAAACGAUGGAACUUGCGUUCCAGAUUAUUCUGAAGACCAAUUCCAUUGUGAUUGUCAUCCUGAAGACUUUGGGAAUCUUUGUCAAACAACGCUAACGUCAUGCAAAGAAGCGUACAAUUUGAACAGGUCAAAUACCAUUAGCCAGCUGAUGAAGCUUAAAAUUGAUGGACGGCCCGCAUCAGUUUAUUGUCACAUGGGAAAUUUUGGAUGCGGAGACGGUGGAUGGACAACGGUCAUGAAAAUCGAUGGCGAUAAGAAUACCUUCAGAUAUAGCUCGGGAUACUGGAGUGAUCGAAAUGAAUACAAACCAAGAGGAGGGGAGACUGGGUUUGAUUCACAAGAAACAAAGCUACGCACUUAUUGGAGCACACCUUUCAGAAAGAUAUGCCUCGGUAUGAAGAUCAACCAGCAAACCCAUUUCAUUGUCCUUAACCAGCAAGCAGACUCGUUGUACUCUCUAAUCGCCGACGGACAGCUUCGCACCACCACGUUAGGUCGUAACAAGUGGGCGUCGCUGAUCGGUUCAGGAGUCUCCUUACAAAACUUAUGUCAAAGAGAAGGCUUUAAUGUGGUCAGCGAUCUUGCUCAUUAUAGAAAAGCUAGAAUCGGUAUACUUGGUAACAAUGAAGACCGCUGUGAUACAUGUGAUACCAGAAUUGGGUUUGGUACAGCUGGACAAAUAGACGGUGUUUUUUGUGGGAACAACGACAGAAAGGCUAUGGGAUAUAUCCUGGUUCAGUGA